AUGACCGGCAGCCCCCCCUCGCCCCCCCCUGACCCCCCUGACCCCCAGGGCUCAUUAAAGACACCAUUGUUCCAGGGUCAGGCUGAGGCUUUGCUCCAAACUGUGAACCCAAACACAGCUCACAGGCACAGCUCACAGGUACAGCUCACAGGUACAGCUCACAGGCACAGCUCACAGGCACAGCUCACAGGCACAGCUCACAGGCACAGCUCACAGGCACAGCUCACAGGCACAGCUCACAGGUACAGCUCACAGGUACAGCUCACAGGUACAGCUCACAGGUACAGCUCACAGGUACAGCUCACAGGCACAGCUCACAGGCACAGCUCACAGGUACAGCUCACAGGCACAGCUCACAGGUACAGCUCACAGGUACAGCUCACAGGCACAGCUCACAGGCACAGCUCACAGGCACAGCUCACAGGCACAGCUCACAGGUACAGCUCACAGGCACAGCUCACAGGUACAGCUCACAGGUACAGCUCACAGGUACAGCUCACAGGCACAGCUCACAGGCACAGCUCACAGGUACAGCUCACAGGUACAGCUCACAGGUACAGGUCACAGGCACAGCUCACAGGUACAGCUCACAGGUACAGCUCACAGGUACAGCUCACAGGUACAGCUCACAGGUACAGCUCACAGGCACAGCUCACAGGCACAGCUCACAGGCACAGCUCACAGGUACAGCUCACAGGUACAGCUCACAGGCACAGCUCACAGGCACAGCUCACAGGUACAGCUCACAGGCACAGCUCACAGGUACAGCUCACAGGUACAGGUCACAGGCACAGCUCACAGGCACAGCUCACAGGCACAGCUCACAGGUACAGCUCACAGGUACAGCUCACAGGCACAGCUCACAGGUACAGCUCACAGGCACAGCUCACAGGCACAGCUCACAGGCACAGCUCACAGGUACAGCUCACAGGUACAGCUCACAGGCACAGCUCACAGGCACAGCUCACAGGCACAGCUCACAGGUACAGCUCACAGGCACAGCUCACAGGCACAGCUCACAGGCACAGCUCACAGGCACAGGUCACAGGCACAGGUCACAGGUACAGGUCACAGGCACAGCUCACAGGUACAGCUCACAGGUACAGCUCACAGGCACAGCUCACAGGCACAGCUCACAGGCACAGCUCACAGGUACAGCUCACAGGCACAGCUCACAGGUACAGGUCACAGGCACAGCUCACAGGUACAGCUCACAGGUACAGCUCACAGGUACAGCUCACAGGUACAGCUCACAGGCACAGCUCACAGGUACAGCUCACAGGUACAGCUCACAGGUACAGGUCACAGGCACAGCUCACAGGUACAGCUCACAGGCACAGCUCACAGGCACAGCUCACAGGCACAGCUCACAGGUACAGCUCACAGGCACAGCUCACAGGCACAGCUCACAGGCACAGCUCACAGGCACAGGUCACAGGCACAGGUCACAGGUACAGGUCACAGGCACAGCUCACAGGUACAGCUCACAGGUACAGCUCACAGGCACAGCUCACAGGCACAGCUCACAGGUACAGCUCACAGGCACAGCUCACAGGUACAGCUCACAGGCACAGCUCACAGGUACAGGUCACAGGCACAGCUCACAGGUACAGCUCACAGGUACAGCUCACAGGUACAGCUCACAGGCACAGCUCACAGGUACAGCUCACAGGUACAGGUCACAGGCACAGCUCACAGGUACAGCUCACAGGCACAGCUCACAGGUACAGCUCACAGGCACAGCUCACAGGCACAGCUCACAGGCACAGCUCACAGGUACAGCUCACAGGCACAGCUCACAGGUACAGCUCACAGGUACAGCUCACAGGCACAGCUCACAGGCACAGCUCACAGGCACAGCUCACAGGUACAGCUCACAGGUACAGCUCACAGGUACAGCUCACAGGUACAGCUCACAGGCACAGCUCACAGGCACAGCUCACAGGCACAGCUCACAGGUACAGCUCACAGGCACAGCUCACAGGUACAGCUCACAGGUACAGCUCACAGGCACAGCUCACAGGCACAGCUCACAGGCACAGCUCACAGGUACAGCUCACAGGUACAGCUCACAGGUACAGCUCACAGGUACAGCUCACAGGCACAGCUCACAGGCACAGCUCACAGGUACAGCUCACAGAACCAGAGCAAUUUGACCCAGAGCAGUUUGACCCAGAGCAGUUUGACCCAGAGCAGUUUGACCCAGAGCAGUUUGAACCAGAGCAGUUUGACCCAGAGCAGUUUGACCCAGAGCAGUUUGAAGCAGAGCAGUUUGACCCAGAGCAGUUUGAACCAGAGCAGUUUGAAGCAGAGCAGUUUGAACCAGAGCAGUUUGAACCAGAGCAGUUUGACCCAGAGCAGUUUGACCCAGAGCAGUUUGACCCAGAGCAGUUUGAACCAGAGCAGUUUGACGCAGAGCAGUUUGAAGCAGAGCAGUUUGACCCAGAGCAGUUUGAAGCAGAGCAGUUUGACCCAGAGCAGUUUGAACCAGAGCAGUUUGAAGCAGAGCAGUUUGACCCAGAGCAGUUUGACCCAGAGCAGUUUGAAGCAGAGCAGUUUGACCCAGAGCAGUUUGAAGCAGAGCAGUUUGAAGCAGAGCAGUUUGAAGCAGAGCAGUUUGACCCAGAGCAGUUUGAACCAGAGCAGUUUGAAGCAGAGCAGUUUGACCCAGAGCAGUUUGAAGCAGAGCAGUUUGACCCAGAGCAGUUUGACGCAGAGCAGUUUGAAGCAGAGCAGUUUGACCCAGAGCAGUUUGAAGCAGAGCAGUUUGAAGCAGAGCAGUUUGACCCAGAGCAGUUUGAACCAGAGCAGUUUGAAGCAGAGCAGUUUGACCCAGAGCAGUUUGACCCAGAGCAGUUUGAAGCAGAGCAGUUUGACCCAGAGCAGUUUGAAGCAGAGCAGUUUGACCCAGAGCAGUUUGAAGCAGAGCAGUUUGACCCAGAGCAGUUUGAAGCAGAGCAGUUUGACCCAGAGCAGUUUGAAGCAGAGCAGUUUGAACCAGAGCAGUUUGACCCAGAGCAGUUUGAAGCAGAGCAGUUUGACCCAGAGCAGUUUGAAGCAGAGCAGUUUGAAGCAGAGCAGUUUGACCCAGAGCAGUUUGACCCAGAGCAGUUUGAAGCAGAGCAGUUUGACCCAGAGCAGUUUGAAGCAGAGCAGUGCGAAGCAGAGCAGUUUGACCCAGAGCAGUUUGAACCAGAGCAGUUUGAAGCAGAGCAAUUUGACCCAGAGCAGUUUGACCCAGAGCAGUUUGAAGCAGAGCAGUUUGAAGCAGAGCAGUUUGACCCAGAGCAGUUUGAAGCAGAGCAGUUUGACCCAGAGCAGUUUGAAGCAGAGCAGUUUGACCCAGAGCAGUUUGAAGCAGAGCAGUUUGAACCAGAGCAGUUUGACCCAGAGCAGUUUGAACCAGAGCAGUUUGAAGCAGAGCAGUUUGACCCAGAGCAGUUUGAAGCAGAGCAGUUUGACCCAGAGCAGUUUGACCCAGAGCAGUUUGAAGCAGAGCAGUUUGACCCAGAGCAGUUUGAAGCAGAGCAGUUUGAAGCAGAGCAGUUUGACCCAGAGCAGUUUGAACCAGAGCAGUUUGAAGCAGAGCAGUUUGACCCAGAGCAGUUUGAAGCAGAGAAGUUUGACCCAGAGCAGUUUGACCCAGAGCAGUUUGAAGCAGAGCAGUUUGACCCAGAGCAGUUUGAAGCAGAGCAGUUUGAAGCAGAGCAGUUUGAACCAGAGCAGUUUGAAGCAGAGCAGUUUGACCCAGAGCAGUUUGAAGCAGAGCAGUUUGACCCAGAGCAGUUUGACCCAGAGCAGUUUGAAGCAGAGCAGUUUGACCCAGAGCAGUUUGAAGCAGAGCAGUUUGACCCAGAGCAGUUUGACCCAGAGCAGUUUGAAGCAGAGCAGUUUGACCCAGAGCAGUUUGAAGCAGAGCAGUUUGACCCAGAGCAGUUUGACCCAGAGCAGUUUGAAGCAGAGCAGUUUGACCCAGAGCAGUUUGAAGCAGAGCAGUUUGACCCAGAGCAGUUUGACCCAGAGCAGUUUGAAGCAGAGCAGUUUGAAGCAGAGCAGUUUGAAGCAGAGCAGUUUGACCCAGAGCAGUUUGAACCAGAGCAGUUUGAACCAGAGCAGUUUGAAGCAGAGCAGUUUGACCCAGAGCAGUUUGAAGCAGAGCAGUUUGACCCAGAGCAGUUUGACCCAGAGCAGUUUGAAGCAGAGCAGUUUGACCCAGAGCAGUUUGAAGCAGAGCAGUUUGAAGCAGAGCAGUUUGACCCAGAGCAGUUUGAACCAGAGCAGUUUGAACCAGAGCAGUUUGACCCAGAGCAGUUUGACCCAGAGCAGUUUGAAGCAGAGCAGUUUGAACCAGAGCAGUUUGACCCAGAGCAGUUUGACCCAGAGCAGUUUGAAGCAGAGCAGUUUGACCCAGAGCAGUUUGAAGCAGAGCAGUUUGAAGCAGAGCAGUUUGACCCAGAGCAGUUUGACCCAGAGCAGUUUGAAGCAGAGCAGUUUGACCCAGAGCAGUUUGAAGCAGAGCAGUUUGACCCAGAGCAGUUUGAACCAGAGCAGUUUGACCCAGAGCAGUUUGACCCAGAGCAGUUUGAAGCAGAGCAGUUUGAAGCAGAGCAGUUUGACCCAGAGCAGUUUGACCCAGAGCAGUUUGACCCAGAGCAGUUUGAAGCAGAGCAGUUUGACCCAGAGCAGUUUGAAGCAGAGCAGUUUGAACCAGAGCAGUUUGAAGCAGAGCAGUUUGAAGCAGAGCAGUUUGAAGCAGAGCAGUUUGACCCAGAGCAGUUUGACCCAGAGCAGUUUGACCCAGAGCAGUUUGAAGCAGAGCAGUUUGACCCAGAGCAGUUUGAACCAGAGCAGUUUGAAGCAGAGCAGUUUGAAGCAGAGCAGUUUGAACCAGAGCAGUUUGAAGCAGAGCAGUUUGACCCAGAGCAGUUUGAAGCAGAGCAGUUUGAAGCAGAGCAGUUUGACCCAGAGCAGUUUGACCCAGAGCAGUUUGAAGCAGAGCAGUUUGAAGCAGAGCAGUUUGACCCAGAGCAGUUUGAAGCAGAGCAGUUUGACCCAGAGCAGUUUGAAGCAGAGCAGUUUGACCCAGAGCAGUUUGAAGCAGAGCAGUUUGACCCAGAGCAGUUUGAACCAGAGCAGUUUGACCCAGAGCAGUUUGACCCAGAGCAGUUUGAAGCAGAGCAGUUUGAACCAGAGCAGUUUGAAGCAGAGCAGUUUGAACCAGAGCAGUUUGACCCAGAGCAGUUUGAAGCAGAGCAGUUUGAAGCAGAGCAGUUUGACCCAGAGCAGUUUGACCCAGAGCAGUUUGAAGCAGAGCAGUUUGAAGCAGAGCAGUUUGAACCAGAGCAGUUUGAAGCAGAGCAGUUUGAAGCAGAGCAGUUUGACCCAGAGCAGUUUGAAGCAGAGCAUUUGAAGCAGUUUGACCCAGAGCAGUUUGACCCAGAGCAGUUUGAAGCAGAGCAGUUUGAAGCAGAGCAGUUUGAAGCAGAGCAGUUUGAAGCAGAGCAGUUUGAAGCAGAGCAGUUUGAAGCAGAGCAGUUUGAACCAGAGCAGUUUGACCCAGAGCAGUUUGAAGCAGAGCAGUUUGAAGCAGAGCAGUUUGAAGCAGAGCAGUUUGACCCAGAGCAGUUUGAAGCAGAGCAGUUUGAACCAGAGCAGUUUGACCCAGAGCAGUUUGAACCAGAGCAGUUUGAACCAGAGCAGUUUGAAGCAGAGCAGUUUGACCCAGAGCAGUUUGAAGCAGAGCAGUUUGAAGCAGAGCAGUUUGAACCAGAGCAGUUUGACCCAGAGCAGUUUGAAGCAGAGCAGUUUGACCCAGAGCAGUUUGAACCAGAGCAGUUUGACCCAGAGCAGUUUGACCCAGAGCAGUUUGAAGCAGAGCAGUUUGAACCAGAGCAGUUUGAAGCAGAGCAGUUUGAACCAGAGCAGUUUGACCCAGAGCAGUUUGACCCAGAGCAGUUUGAAGCAGAGCAGUUUGAAGCAGAGCAGUUUGACCCAGAGCAGUUUGAACCAGAGCAGUUUGAAGCAGAGCAGUUUGAAGCAGAGCAGUUUGACCCAGAGCAGUUUGAAGCAGAGCAGUUUGACCCAGAGCAGUUUGAACCAGAGCAGUUUGAAGCAGAGCAGUUUGACCCAGAGCAGUUUGAAGCAGAGCAGUUUGACCCAGAGCAGUUUGACCCAGAGCAGUUUGACCCAGAGCAGUUUGAACCAGAGCAGUUUGAAGCAGAGCAGUUUGACCCAGAGCAGUUUGACCCAGAGCAGUUUGAAGCAGAGCAGUUUGACCCAGAGCAGUUUGAACCAGAGCAGUUUGAACCAGAGCAGUUUGAACCAGAGCAGUUUGAAGCAGAGCAGUUUGAAGCAGAGCAGUUUGAACCAGAGCAGUUUGACCCAGAGCAGUUUGAAGCAGAGCAGUUUGAAGCAGAGCAGUUUGACCCAGAGCAGUUUGACCCAGAGCAGUUUGACCCAGAGCAGUUUGAACCAGAGCAGUUUGAACCAGAGCAGUUUGACCCAGAGCAGUUUGAACCAGAGCAGUUUGAAGCAGAGCAGUUUGACCCAGAGCAGUUUGAAGCAGAGCAGUUUGAAGCAGAGCAGUUUGAAGCAGAGCAGUUUGAACCAGAGCAGUUUGAAGCAGAGCAGUUUGAAGCAGAGCAGUUUGAAGCAGAGCAGUUUGAACCAGAGCAGUUUGACCCAGAGCAGUUUGAAGCAGAGCAGUUUGACCCAGAGCAGUUUGACCCAGAGCAGUUUGAACCAGAGCAGUUUGAACCAGAGCAGUUUGAACCAGAGCAGUUUGAACCAGAGCAGUUUGAACCAGAGCAGUUUGAAGCAGAGCAGUUUGAAGCAGAGCAGUUUGAACCAGAGCAGUUUGAACCAGAGCAGUUUGAACCAGAGCAGUUUGAACCAGAGCAGUUUGAAGCAGAGCAGUUUGAACCAGAGCAGUUUGACCCAGAGCAGUUUGAAGCAGAGCAGUUUGACCCAGAGCAGUUUGACCCAGAGCAGUUUGAACCAGAGCAGUUUGAACCAGAGCAGUUUGAACCAGAGCAGUUUGAAGCAGAGCAGUUUGAACCAGAGCAGUUUGACCCAGAGCAGUUUGAAGCAGAGCAGUUUGACCCAGAGCAGUUUGACCCAGAGCAGUUUGAACCAGAGCAGUUUGAAGCAGAGCAGUUUGACCCAGAGCAGUUUGAAGCAGAGCAGUUUGACCCAGAGCAGUUUGAAGCAGAGCAGUUUGAAGCAGAGCAGUUUGACCCAGAGCAGUUUGACCCAGAGCAGUUUGAAGCAGAGCAGUUUGACCCAGAGCAGUUUGAAGCAGAGCAGUUUGACCCAGAGGCAGAACCUCAUGAGAGGCUGCUUUGUGACGUAAUGAGGGAGAAACCUCGGCUGAAGGAGAAACCUCGACUGAAGGAGAAACCUCGGCUGAAGGAGAAACCUCGACCGAAAGAGAAACCUCGACUGAAGGAGAAACCUCGACUGAAGGAGAAACCUCGACUGAAAGAGAAACCUCGACUGAAGGAGAAACCUCGACUGAAGGAGAAACCUCGGCUGAAGGAGAAACCUCGACUGAAAGAGAAACCUCGACUGAAAGAGAAACCUCGACUGAAAGAGAAACCUCAACUGAAGGAGAAACCUCGGCUGAAGGAGAAACCUCGACUGAAAGAGAAACCUCGACUGAAGGAGAAACCUCGACUGAAAGAGAAACCUCGACUGAAGGAGAAACCUCGGCUGAAGGAGAAACCUCGGCUGAAGGAGAAACCUCGGCUGAAGGAGAAACCUCGGCUGAAGGAGAAACCUCGGCUGAAGGAGAAACCUCGACUGAAAGAGAAACCUCGACUGAAGGAGAAACCUCGGCUGAAGGAGAAACCUCGACUGAAGGAGAAACCUCGACUGAAGGAGAAACCUCGACUGAAGGAGAAACCUCGACUGAAGGAGAAACCUCGGCUGAAGGAGAAACCUCGGCUGAAGGAGAAACCUCGGCUGAAGGAGAAACCUCGGCUGAAGGAGAAACCUCGACUGAAGGAGAAACCUCGACUGAAGGAGAAACCUCGACUGAAGGAGAAACCUCGGCUGAAGGAGAAACCUCGGCUGAAGGAGAAACCUCGACUGAAGGAGAAACCUCGGCUGAAGGAGAAACCUCGACUGAAGGAGAAACCUCGCCUGAAGGAGAAACCUCGACUGAAGGAGAAACCUCGGCUGAAGGAGAAACCUCGACUGAAGGAGAAACCUCGGCUGAAGGAGAAACCUCGACUGAAGGAGAAACCUCGACUGAAGGAGAAACCUCGACUGAAGGAGAAACCUCGACUGAAGGAGAAACCUCGACUGAAGGAGAAACCUCGACUGAAGGAGAAACCUCGACUGAAGGAGAAACCUCGACUGAAGGAGAAACCUCGACUGAAGGAGAAACCUCGACUGAAAGAGAAACCUCGACUGAAGGAGAAACCUCGACUGAAGGAGAAACCUCGACUGAAGGAGAAACCUCGGCUGAAGGAGAAACCUCGACUGAAAGAGAAACCUCGACUGAAGGAGAAACCUCGACUGAAGGAGAAACCUCGGCUGAAGGAGAAACCUCGGCUGAAGGAGAAACCUCGACUGAAGGAGAAACCUCGACUGAAGGAGAAACCUCGACUGAAAGAGAAACCUCGACUGAAGGAGAAACCUCGACUGAAAGAGAAACCUCGGCUGAAGGAGAAACCUCGGCUGAAGGAGAAACCUCGGCUGAAGGAGAAACCUCGGCUGAAGGAGAAACCUCGACUGAAGGAGAAACCUCGACUGAAGGAGAAACCUCGACUGAAGGAGAAACCUCGGCUGAAGGAGAAACCUCGGCUGAAGGAGAAACCUCGGCCUUAG